AUUGUUUGAAAAUUAAAUUUUCAAACAAUACAAAUAACGUAAAAUAGGUAUUCAAGAAAUAAUAUAAAAUGACUUAUCAUUAUGUUGUAACGGCCCAGAAGCCUACGGCUGUAACAGCAUGUAUAACAGGAAACUUUACUUCACCAACGGAUCUGAACCUGCUCGUUGCAAAAGUGUCCCGCCUUGAAAUGUAUGUAGUCACUCCAGAAGGGCUACAUCCUAUGAAAGAAGUUGGCCUGUAUGGAAAAGUGGCAAAAAUGAAGAUGUUUAGACCCCCUCAUGAAAAGAAAGAUCUUGUAUUUAUAUUAACUGCUCGAUACAAUGCUAUGAUUCUGGAAUGGAGAACAGGCCCUAAUGGAGACUUAGAAGUGGUAACAAGAGCUCAUGGUAAUGUGGCUGACCGCAUUGGUAAACCUUCAGAAAAUGGAAUCUUAGCUGUUAUAGAUCCACAAGCCAGAGUUAUUGGUUUAAGACUUUAUGAUGGAUUAUUUAAAUUAAUUCCUCUUGAUAAAGAUUCUACAGAAUUAAAGGCUACAAGUUUAAGAUUAGAAGAAUUGAAUGUAUAUGACCUCGAGUUUUUACAUGGUUGUGCUAAUCCAACACUAAUAUUAAUUCACCAAGACCUAAAUGGUAGACAUAUUAAGACACGUGAAAUAAAUUUAAGAGAUAAAGAAUUUAUAAAAGUCCCAUGGAAACAGGAUAAUGUUGAAACAGAAGCCUCCAUACUGAUUCCAGUUCCGAGUCCUUUAGGGGGAGCCAUUGUUAUUGGGCAGGAAUCUAUUGUUUACCACGAUGGUCAGAGCUAUGUAGCUGUUGCGCCACCACAAAUAAAAAUGACUCCAAUAAACUGCUAUAGUCCUGUGGGUCCGGCCGGGCUCCGUUAUCUGUUGGGUGAUAUUGCAGGUCGACUUUUCAUGCUAGUCUUAGAAGUUCAAGAUAGAGGGGACAACACACAGACUGUAAGAGAUCUUAAGGUUGAAUUGUUAGGUGAAAUCUCAAUACCGGAAUGUAUGACUUACCUCGACAAUGGCGUGGUCUUCAUUGGGUCUCGUCUCGGAGACUCAGCCCUUGUGCGACUCUCCGCCACCAAAGAUGAGACCAAUCAGUACGUCAAGGUGAUGGAAACGUUUACCAGUCUAUCACCUAUUGUGGACAUGUGUGUCGUGGACUUAGAACGACAGGGACAAAAUCAGUUGAUUACUUGUUCUGGGGCUUUCAAAAUGGGCUCAUUGCGUGUUAUCCGCAACGGAAUUGGCAUUCAGGAGCAAGCGUCUAUCGAUCUCCUGGGAAUAAAGGGAAUGUGGGCUCUCACGCUGCAGCCAGGCGCAUCUUAUCACGACACAUUAGUCCUGGCUUUCGUUGGACAGACCAGAGUACUUACAUUGAAUGGUGAAGAAGUGGAAGAAACAGAAAUAAAAGGUUUUGUCUCAGAUAGACAAACAUUCUUCACAGGGAAUGUGUGUCACAAUCAACUGAUACAGGUGACAGACGAAGGCGUGCGCCUGAUAGUGCAUCGCGACGGGCAGUGGGUGCUGGGCGCGUGCUGGCGCGCGGGAGGUGCACGCUCCGUGUCCGUCGUGGCGUGCUCGGAGACGCGUGUCGUGCCCGCGGUGGGGAACAGGAUAUUUUUACUGGCCAUUAUGGAAGGGAAACUUAAUCUGAUCUCAGAAGUGUGUAUGGAAGAGGAAGUGGCUUGUCUGGACUUAGGUCCCGGAGGUGAUGAAGCCCUCUUGGGAGUGGGACUGUGGACGGACAUCUCGGUCAGAAUACUAAAGUUACCUGACCUAACACCGCUUCAUACAGAGAAAUUAUCUGGAGAAAUAAUUCCCCGAUCGCUACUCAUCUGCGUGCUGGAGGGCGUUUGCUAUCUGCUUUGUGCGCUCGGAGAUGGCUCAAUGUUUUACUUCAUUGUGGACCAACACACGGGUGCUCUCACUAACAGAAAGAAGGUCACAUUGGGCACACAGCCCACUGUACUCCGCAGCUUCAGGUCUCUAUCAACAACAAACAUAUUUGCGUGUUCCGACCGGCCAACGGUGAUAUUCUCGUCAAACCACAAGUUGGUCUUUUCUAACGUCAACCUCAAAGAAGUUACUCACAUGUGCUCCUUGAAUGCCCAGGCUUAUCCAGACAGUUUGGCGCUUGCGACAGACAGCACAGUAACAAUUGGCACUAUCGACGAAAUUCAGAAAUUGCACAUUCGCACUGUGCCGCUUAACGAAUCGCCACGACGCAUCGCUUACCAGGAGGCCACAAAGUCUUUCGGUAUAAUAACAAUGCGUGUGGACAAAGUGGAGUGGUCGUCGGGGUCGGGCAGUACGGCGGUGUCCGUACGCGGGAGUGCGUCUACGUCCGCGGCCAACAGCAGCGGAGCUCCUCUUGCUCAUCCUAAACACGCGCCCCUUACGCAGCCCAAGCACAUGCCCACGGCCGUUGAUGUAGAGAUAUAUAACCUGCUCAUAUUGGAUCAUCAUACUUUUGAAGUGCUUCACGCCCACCAAUUAAUGGCGAGUGAAUUUGCCCUUUCACUGUUGUCUUGCAAGUUGGGAGAUGACCCCACAUACUAUUACGCCGUAGGUACUGCUGUGCUCAACCCGGAGGAAUCUGAACCGAAACAGGGCAGGAUAAUAUUGUUCCAAUGGUCUGAUGGCAAAUUGACGCAAGUUGCGGAAAAAGAAAUAAAGGGUGCCUGUUAUACACUCGUGCAGUUCAAUGGGAAAUUAUUAGCUUCAAUUAAUAGUACUGUCAGGUUAUUCGAAUGGACAUCGGAAAAAGAAUUGCGAUUGGAGUGUAGCCACUUUAACAAUAUUGUGGCGCUUUAUCUUAAAGUAAAAGGUGACUUCAUACUUGUUGGUGAUCUUAUGCGGUCUAUGUCACUCCUACAAUAUAAACAGAUGGAAGGCAGCUUCGAAGAAAUAGCACGCGAUUACAGUCCCAAUUGGAUGACCGCCAUUGAAAUUUUAGACGAUGACACAUUUUUAGGAGCAGAAAAUAGUUCAAAUUUAUUUGUGUGUCAAAAAGAUAGCGCGGCAACGACGGAUGAAGAGCGUCAGCAGAUGAGCUACAUGGGGCAGUUCCAUCUGGGAGAGAUGGUCAAUGUAAUGCGGUUGGGUUCUUUGGUUGGUCAACACGCUGACACCGCCGCACCUGUACAUAACCCGGCCACCAUCGCCACUGUCAACGGCGCCAUUUGUCUAGUCGUCCAACUAUCACAAGAGCUGUAUGAAUUCUUGCACCAACUAGAAGAGAAGCUUACGCACACGAUCAAAUCAGUGGGCAAGAUUCCUCACACGUUUUGGCGAUCGUUCAACACGGACAUAAAGACUGAGCCCGCGGAGGGAUUUGUAGACGGAGAUCUCAUAGAGAGCUUCUUAGAUCUCUCUAGGGAUAUGCAACAGGAGACCAUUCAGGGAUUACAAAUCGACGAUGGCGGCGUUAUGCGUGAGGCGAAAGUGGAUGACCUUAUAAAAAUUGUGGAAGAUUUAACACGAAUACACUAGUGUUUGAUUAAUAAGUAAUGUAUAUUUUAAGUUCUUUUCUUAUUUGUAUGAUGUUGCAAUAGUAAUAAUUUGAUUAAGUUAUAUUUCAAUUUUAAAUCUUUUUUAAACAAAUAGUCUUUGAGAUAAUACUUAAAUAAAUUAAAGUAAGAAAA